AUGGCCAGGUCGCAGAGCGGCUCCUUUCAUCCAGAGUUGCUCUCGACCUUGCGCCCGUUGCCACCACAGGCAGAGCUGGGAGACGAUCGCACAGAGUUUCCAGUUGAGCAAUUCCAGAAACCUGCGCUGAACGGACCGUCGCCUCCUGGUGUCGGUCCCCAGCUUCGUGCCGCCUGGGGCCGUGUAGAAGCGCUACUGGGAGAGACCCACCUCCCGGAGACCUUUAAGUGGGAGGCGCUCCGCCGGGUCCGGAACUUCUACGGGGAGCUUCAGGACUUAGCGGAAGGGGUUGGACAAGCUCCUGCUGAGGGGAGUGGACAAGAGGCCAAAGACGGGGUGGCAGCCCCGUCUUUGGCUGUUGAGGGGAGUGAGCAACCUAGCCUCCCACUUACUCCUGGGAACAACUGCUCCGGAGACCUAGCAGUAGAGGAAUUCAAGGCAAAGGAGGCCACCACAAAGGAGAAAAAGAGAAAGAGUGAGGCAUCGUCAAAAGAGGAGCGAAAGAAAAAGAAAGAGCGGCGUGAGAAGAAAAAAGACAAGGAGAGGAGAAGAAAAGCCAAAGAGAAAUCACUGGAGACAGUCACACCUCCUGCAACACCGGUAAGAGACAGAGAGCCUAGUAGAACAAGAGAAGAGGGAGAAAAGCCUCCCGCAGAAAGUACAUCUGGAUUAGAAGUUGAGGAGAACAUAGAUAAAAGGAGUGGAGAGAUCAGAGAGCAAGAGGGCGAAGCAAGAGGGGAAGAGGAGACAGCAGGUCCACCAGAGCUAGGUCAUCUGGCCGACGCCCUCCCCCGGAGGCCUGCCGCAGCGAAGCCAGCGCCGAGACGAGCAGUGUUGCGGCGCCCUGCAGCAAGAGGAGAGGCUGGGGCGGCUGACGCAGAGGGAGAAGUUUCUCCUGUCCUAACUCCCGGCGAGUGGGAGAAAAAAUUUGAGGCGGGAGACAUCAUACCCGCCUCUGCAUACCCCUUGGGUUCCUUCAAGAAAGGGGAUUGGAUUCAAAGUGAAAAAGCCAACUACAGUGGUGAGGUCUGCAAAGUAGCUUUGAAAGUAGAAAAGGUGUCGGUGGAGGACGGAGAGGCUGAAGCUACAGUCAUUGUGACUGGAACUCAGUCGGAAAACCUCCUGAAAUUUGUGUCUGGGCAGCCAGGCAUAAAGCUCAGGGCACAUUUGUGCCAUAGAGAUUGCGACCAGCUGAGGAGCAAUCCUGAUCUUCUUCACCUUAAAGACUUUCAGCGCAUCAAGCCAGGCAGUGUGACAGGAUGGGAAGAGAAUCUCAUUGCGGUCGACGAGAACGCAGAGCUGAGGAGAGAGAUGAAAGAGAAGACAGACAAGAAAGAAAAGAAAGAAAAGGAAGCAGCGGAGGAGUCAAGCCAGAGUGGAGAGUCCAAGAAGGCGAGAAAAAGAAAGAAGAAAAAGAAAGAGAGGAAAGAGAAAAAGAAAAAAGUGGGGGGCCGAAGCCAGGCCAAGAAACCCCUGGAGGCUCUGUACGGGAAUACGGGGCUCGAUCCGGACAGCAAAAAGAGGAAAAGGAUUGUGGCCCGGAUGAAAAAGAAGUUAAAAAAGGCAAAAACCUCGUCCAGCAGUUCGUCGGCGAGUUCCAGCACCAGCACCUCGGAGGGGGAGACAGUGGAGGACGACUUGCUGCAGGACAGGUCAAAGUUGCAGAAGAUUGCAACGAUGGCCCCAGGAGUCUUGGCGGCAUCGUCGCUGCAGACCAUGAAGUCUUACAUCAUGCAGAGCAGCGGCAACCCGUGGCAUUUGGAAGAAGGGAGUCUCCCCCCAGUGCUUUCACAGUAUGCCAGGCAGUACCUUUUGGGGAAAGCCAGUGGUGGGAUUCGUCGAGAAAUAGAGACGUUGGUGUGCAUUGGAGAUUAUCUCCUGCUGGGCAGGGCAGCGGAGGCCUGCGACUGCCUUGUGCAGCGAGUGAAGAGCUUAGAGAUGACCCUGGCGGGCCAGAGCUGGGCCACGAGUCAGAAACUAGAAAUAAUCCCCAAUGUGGACGCUGGAGUGGCGUCAAGGGCAGAACUCCAGUUAGCCCAGAAGGAGGCAGCACUCGACAUGAAGGCGAAAGGGAGCAGUCCCGCCUGGCCAAGAGACAAAGGAAAAGGGAAAGGCAAGGACAAGGAAGGAGGAAAGGACAAGGGCAAAAACAAAGGAAAAGCUCCCGAGGAGCUGCCACUCCUCCUGGUAGUGUGCAUGAAUCUUCUCCCGAUGUGGAUGAAGGUACAGCUGACGACAGCCAAGGCACAGGCUUGGGCCGCGCCAAUGCUGGAAAAAGUUGGGUGGGAAAAUGUCAGCCCUGCGUUGCCUGUUGAGAUUGGAGGGGUGGAGUUAGAGAAGGUGGUUGAGCUGGGUUCUCAUCACUAUGCGCUUAAUUUCGACACGUACCUGUUGGCGCCAGAAGAUCAGGUCUAUGUGCGCCCCCCGCGCGUGAUGGUUGCACCAGAGUGCUGGGAUGCUUUUUGCGAUAAUAUGUUGCAGAGGGGAGUCUUUAGCAUGGUGCAUGAAGACGAGAUCUAUCGGGUUCAGGAUAAGCCCCUUCUUAACGGGUUAUUCGGGGUGUCUAAGCACGAGUUUGAGGGGAACUACGAGGUGAUGAGGGUCAUUAUGAACCUUGUGCCGGUGAAUGCGGUAUGUCGAGGGUUGGACAGCGACAUUGCUACCUUGCCGUCAAUUUCUGGGAUGACGCCUUUGGAACUUUUGUGUGAUGAGGAUCUGGUGAUUUCCAGUGAGGAUGUACGAUGUUUCUUUUACAUCUUCAAGAUCCCCCCUAGCUGGCAUCGCUUCAUGGCUUUCAAUCGUCCUCUUCCUGCUCGACUCUGUGGAGAUAAACCUGGAGUAUGGUACCCGUGUCAUGUUUCACCGUUGGUUUCUAGUUUACGGGAGGAGUAUGCAUUGCUGAAGGUUCCCCGUCACCCUAGAAAAGGGGUGGCGAGUCAAACUCUUGCUGAAGUUCAAGGUGCGGUGGUUGAUGGUAAAGCCGGAAUUGCGUAUCCCAAGCAGGAGAAGGUUCUCAGGUACGCUUAUUUGACCAGGCUUGUGCUUGAAGCAGGUGAAGCCACACAGAAACAGAUGCAGAUUGUCGGUGGAGGCUUGGUUUAUUUGGCGAUGUUCAGGAGACCGCUCCUAGGUAGCCUUAACGCUAUUUGGACCUUUAUCUGCUCCUUUGAAGGAUUUCCCCCCGUGGUCAAAUUGAAACUGCCUGAAGAGGUCCGAGAAGAAUUGGCAAGGUUUCUAGGGUUGAUUCCUUUGGCUUACAUGGACUUCCGUUGCCGCCUUAGUAGCUUGGUAACCGCUAGUGACGCGUCAACUACGGGCGGGGGUGUUACGGCUUCCAACAAGCUAUCGCCUGCGGGUUGUGUGGCAGCCCAGUGUCCUGUACGGGGGGAUGUGGUGGAGCCAACAGACAUUACGGGUGUGCUUACCGUGGGGUUGUUCGAUGGCAUCAGUGGGUUACGAGUUGCCGCUGACGUCCUUGGUUGGAACGUAAUGGGGCAUAUUAGUGUUGAGCGGUCGCCGGAAGCAGCCCGAGUUGUUGAAUCACGGUUUCCCAACACUAUUCAUGUGUCAAAUGUGCAGGACAUCACUGGUGAGAUGGUUAAAGACUGGUCCCUGAAAUUUUCUCAGGUGGGCCUCAUACUGCUGGGGGCUGGUCCCCCAUGUCAGGGGGUAUCAGGUCUAAAUGCUGCACGAAAAGGAGCGCUCCGAGAUGAACGUAGUGCUGUGUUUCAGCAUGUACCCCGCGUAAGAGAUUUGCUGAAAGCAGCCUUUCCGUGGGCCCAAGUUCAGACUUUGAUGGAAUCAGUGGCAUCCAUGGACCAGAGUGACGAGGAGAUCAUGUCGGCUAGUUUCGGUGCUACACCUUGGUAUAUUGAUGCUGGAAAUGUGAGCCUGGCUCACAGACCACGGUUGUAUUGGACGGAAUGGGAAUUGGUGGCUGAAGAGGAUGCCACUUUGGAUGUUCUUCCGUCUGGUUUGAAUCCCAACUUGAGGGUACAAGAUCUGGUGGAACGCACCGCACCAGGAAGUGAAACGGAUUUCCAGACCUACCUGCAGCGGCCUAUGAUGGGAAGCUGCCGACGGGUGGGGCACCUGGCUAAUGAGCUUAAGCUGGUUCGGAAAUUGUGCACGUUGAUCAGUAUCAAAGGUGAUGACCUUUUGAUUCAGCCGUCUACGGACGAUCAGGUCAAAUAUCAGAGAUUAAGGGCGUCCAUUCCAUCAAAGUUGUGGAAAUGGCGUACCAUCUGUGGAUGGACCUGGUCGCAACAAGCUGAGCAUAUUAAUGUGCUUGAGCUUCGAGCCGUUCUUACGGCUUUGAGGUGGCGGAUUGAACGCAAAGGAAUUACGCAUUCCAAGUUUGUGCAUUUAGUUGAUUCUUUAGUGUGCCUGCAUGCGUUGAGUAGAGGACGGUCAUCUAGCCGUAAGCUAAAACGUACCUUGCUUCGGAUCAAUUCCCUGCUUCUUGCGACCAACUCCCACGUUUUGUGGGCUUACGUGAAUACAAAGGACAAUCCGGCGGACGCCCCGAGUAGGCGGCCCCGGAAAAGAAAAUGGUCCAAUGCCUAA